UGAUUGUAAACAACCAAAAGCAGAGUGCAGUGACGGAUUAAUGUAGAGCAGGGGUCACCAACGUUUUUCCUUGUGAGAGCUACUUUUACAAAAUGAAAAUGGCAAAGAGCUACUCAUUUUUGUAACAUUUAUUUUCAGAGCUUAUUUUAAACCCACUAUACGCUUGUUUUACCAGAACAUUAACAAAAUGCUGGUGUCCACAACUCACAUUUUGUAUUUCAGAAUGCAUUUCUUUCUACUGUUUCUACUGAAAACCUGAAUGAAAAGCAGGCUUGCGGGCACCUCAUGUGCCCGCGGGCACCACGUUGGUGACCCCUGAUGUAGAGGAUUCAGAUAGAUUUUUUUUUGUCUAAACAGAGAAAUGCCCUCCAUCCAAACAUAUCUUCCCAGCAAAUGCUAUUGUCUGUAUUUUUUUCAGUGGCGAAAAAACUGAAUUAUUCACUUGCACCAUGGAUACGAUGGAUAAGAAAAAAGAGAUUGAUUAUGUUGUAAUUUUGGAAAUUUUAAUAAUGUUUGUGUGUGUUAUUAAGAUAGAAAUGUGAGAAAUAACAACAUAAUCAAUUUUUUUUUCUUAUAUACAUAGUGCAAGUGGACAGUUUAUAAGCCCUCUUUUUUGGUUCCAUGAAUUAUAUUACCUUUUUUUUCCACCACUGAAAAAAUAACACAAAAGCAUUUGCUAGGAAGAUAUGAUCGGAUGGAUGAUAUUUCCCCCGUUUAGAAAAAAAAUGAGAAAGCUGAAUCCUUCAGAUUAAUCCAUCAUUGCACUCUACUUAUGGUUGUUUACAUAGAAAUAUAACUGCAUUCUAUUUAUUUAUGUAUGUUACAUGUCACCGCAUAUAACCUUUACAUCUGCGCUACGUGCAUUGCGUAAGUUUUUACAAAGCUCAGUCUUGGUGGAUGUCAUAAGACAAUAGAAACAUCCCCAUGCUAACGAAGUAUUUUCACAAGAGUUCCUUAUAAAAUAACCUCCCAACAUAUUACAUAUAUGAAGUAUGGUUAUUGACCAUUUAUGUUCAUCCAUUUAAAAAAAUAAUAACUACCACGGCAAGUGAUGUUGCAGAAGCACUGUCAUAAAAAUUAGCCAAAGGAGGAAGUGACGUAGUCUUUACGCAUAUGCGGGACCAUUUGCGUUCCGGGUACGUAUUGCGCAGUGACACAUACAUUACAGAUAACAUGUGACUGUUGAAAAAUAGGCCGAGGUCUGAGGCUGCAGCUUCAAAAACACUCAAAUCAGUACAGUCGAAGCAGGCCUGUAAUCAUCUGUCCAUUUCUUCACUGUCCUCACUGCAGGCCUAGAAGUUUUUAAUUUCUGCUUGUAGGUUGGGAUGAGAUGGAGCAGACAGUGAUCAGACGGUCCUAAAGCUGCACUGGGAACAGAGCGAUAAGCAUCUUUUAAAACUGUAACGGGGGUCUAAUAUAUUAGUGUCCCUGAUGGGAGACUUUAUGUGCUGUCUAUAUUUUGGUAGCUCGUGGGUGAGAUUUGCUUAAGUAUGAUGAGAAGGGAGUCUGGAUAUUUUACCUCCACGUCUGUUAUCUGGUCAACCAGGUGUUUUUAGUACCUGAGAUCCACAGGCUUGAGGUGGAAUGUAGAUGCCUAAUAGCACAAACGAGGAGAACUCACAUGGAGAGCUGUGUGACGCGGUCCGCUCGUAAAAGUUUAAAGCCCCGGCAGCUGUAGGGAGCUGUCUGGGAUGUGUUCACUGAGCCAAGUUUCAGUAAAGCACAAAGUAGCGGAUCUACGAAAGUCUGUGUUGAUGUUUGAUUUAAGGAGAAGCAGCAGUUCAUCCAUCUUGUUUGCUAGGGAGCGGACAUUCGCUAGAUGUAAUGACGGAAGCGCCAUGCUUAAUUCCCGCUGCCUCAGCUCGACAAGCGCUCCUGUGCACUUACUCUGUCUACGUCUCCUACCCAUCCCAUAGAGAGAGCCUCCAACAAGAAUCUCCACAAAACUGUCCAGAUCAAUGAAAAACAUUGAAAAAACUCCAGUAGAGGACUGUCCAAAGUUUAUAUGUUCCUCUCUGGAGGAUUUGAGCAGCGAGUACUCACAAAAAACAGAACAAAUAGGGAAAGACACCAAAUGUACAAGAGAGCUAAACAGCGAGGUGGCCGUCCGUGGCGCCAUCUUGGUGAUGUAAUAACAUGUAUUAAUAUUAUUUCUAUCAUUGCAGAGAAAAUGAAGAAGACAUCAGCUGCAGAGUUGCUACGUGCUUCAGACGCACAGUCUGCACCGGACGUUUUGGAUGCAUCAGGAGAUGCUGUGCUGCCUCCGAGGGUGCCAUUGCCUUGUCCACCGGAGCUGACCUUUCUGCUGCCAGAGGUGGCUAAGCCCAAAGAGGCCCCAGAGCCUGCUCAAGAGACCAGUAGUGCUGCAGCCUCCACUCUAGCUGCAUCAGAGCCACAACCUGAACAGGGACCUCACAGCCAACCCACAGCUGCCAUCAACAUGCUUCAUCCUCCUCCUCUUCCUUCUCCUCCUCCUCCACAACUUCUGCCCUACGACCAGGAGGUCGGUCACUGGAACUGCACCCCUCAGCAGAGACAGUGGAUGAAGCUCGAGCUGGAGUCCAUGGGUCUGUGGCCAGGCUCCCGCCCUGUGAGCAGCCCCAUGACUACCUUCUCCCUGUGGCGCUUACCUCCCCAGCCUGAGCUGAUCAGCAGUGAGAGCGAUCUGCCGUCCCCCAAGUGUUUUCACCUUCAUCCCUUUUUCAUCUGGAAGCCGGAGAAUGACUACUUGAUGGGGCGGCUGAAAAGCAACUACACCCUGCCGUGCACGGGUGACUGUGCUCAACCCCGUGUUGCCUCUGCUGGAGUCGGGAGACCACGAGUGAUUGUGGGCCUCACUGGUCAGUACUACCUGCUGUCAUCCAGGCUGUGCUGUAAGAGCUGCCGUAGGAAGUGGUAUGCUGACAACCCACUCUGGCUGGAAAAGCUUCCCCAGAGGUUUACCAAUCUGUUGCCAGCAUUACUGACCUACAAGAAGGCCAUUUGUAAGUCAGUCCUGGAUGAGCUGAGGCGGACUGGAAAAUCCCCCACGGACAUGGCCAAUCAGAUCACAGAGAUGUUGCAUCUCAAAUAUGAGCGUGCCAACCUGGCCUAUCUCCUCUGUUGCCAGAAUGUGAUGGACGAUAAGGCAGGAACUUGCGGCAAAAAGACCAACAGAAAACCGGAGCCAUUUGGGGGCUACAGUGAUGCUGAUGGCUGGAACGGGGUCUCUGUGUCAGCCCAGUACCUCACUGACUGCCUGCUGCGUGAGUUCCAGCACCAGAGAGACACUAUUCAGAAGCUGUUGCAGGGUACCUUUGGACAGGCUCUCCGCUCAGAUCACAGCCACAAAGUGGCCAAGAAUGUCACCUUUUCUUCCGGCGCCAUGUCAUCGUAUGCUGUGAUGAAUGAGAACUGGAUGAUCUUAUCCUGGGUCAUGGUGCAGUCUGUGACUGAGAAAACCCUGCGGCCGAUGUAUGAGGGCCUCUCAAACCGCUACAGCAGGGCUGGCAUUGAGAAAGCCCAGUAUCAGUGGGUAGACAGGGAUUGCUGUGCACCAUUCAGAGUGGCAGAGUCUCUGGCGGGGGAGCAUCUGAACUGGGAUGCGUGGCGAACAACAGACAGGAUUGUUGCUGAGGUCACGUCUGGGAACUUGUUAAAUAACUGCGCAUCCAGAACAUACUACAACACCAGCAUCACCGUCAAGCUGGACUUGUUUGGCUGUAUGGGACGAUUUCUCCGUGAAUGUGCCUCGGAACAUCACCCUCUGUACAGCUCCUUUGCCCAGUUCCUGUCAGCUGCCUUCUCUGUGGUGGACCAGGAAGACCUGCAGAGGCUCCAGGAUGCUUAUGUCUUCUGUGGCAUCCAGCCCGCGAAUCCCACCAAGCAACACAUUCGGGAGCACUGCAGAGUGAAGAUUCCUCAGCCGGGGGAGCUUAUUCAGAGAGUGGAGGGGGUGUUGCAGCACUUUUACCUGACCACAGACCCAAACGGCCUGCCUCUGUUUAAGCCCUCAAUGCUGAAGACAUGGAGGAUCCAGCGCGUCCACAUCCUGCGCGGCUGCCUCAGUGAUCCAGAGGUGGAGGGGGCCAUACUGUACCGCCAUGGAGGAACACUCCAACUUAACCAUGUGCCAGGUGAGCGUGCGACAGUCCCCGUCUGGAUCCCCAUCAGAGGCACGUCUCAGAAGGAGGGCUUCCACUUCCACCAGGCUCAGUGGGUGACCGGCACGCAGGUGUCCCCAGAGCUGUUCCAGGCCCAGAGCAUGACAGGAGUGUGUCGCUGGAACUAUCAGCGUCUGCUGGACCUGAAGCAGCCAGGGGUUUGUCUUCCACGUGUUUUUGACCCUGCAUUGAUGCACACCUUGAAUGUUGUGUCCAAACGGGUCUUGGGAGAAGAGAAGUACCCUGGUCUUUAUCUGGCAGCUGAAGACACUGGGGAGAGGUUUGGACUGGAGUACAGGGAGCCAGACUGUCGUCCAGUCCCCUUAGACUGGGACAAACAUAAAAGCAAGAAGGACCCUGACUGUACCACCUUAGUGUGUAGCGUUCCUUCUGCAUGCACCCUGUCUGAUGAAGGAUCAGAGCCAGUCCAGCCGUCUGCCACACCUCCCACCAGGCUCUUCAAGUUCUCUGUUCACCCUCCCCUCUUUCACACUACUACUCCAGAUACUAUUACUACUACUACUACUACUACUACUGCGGCCCCUGUUCCAGCUGCUGACUGUGACAGUGCUUCAGGCUCUGUAUUUCCUGUGUCUGAGCCUCAGCCAAAGUCAGACUCUACACCUCUAUUGCUAAUGGAUCCACCGCCACCUGCUCAGACCCUGACCACAGCCAUCCUGGAGAAAGAGCAGCAGCACCAGCAACCAACCCCUCUGUCAAAGAAACCCCACACAAAGAAGUGUCUGUACUGUGGCCAGCCCAAAUCCAAAUAUAAAGGUGAUGGGAGAUCCAUCCAUGAGUUCUACCAACAGGGCCCUGUCAGAUACUUUUAUUGCUCCACAAAGGUUUUCGAGACAUACAGAGCAGAAGGUCUGACAUGCUCCAAGAUGCCCUUGAAGGAUUUUGUGAAAACAGACUUCUUCCAGAGGGAGCUGGAUGCCACGAAAAAGAGGGUGGAGGAAAAACAGCAAAAGAAGAGGAAGAGGGAGGAAUUUACAACACCUCGACGGAAGUGCAGGUUCUGCAAAAUGGAACUCAGGCAGGGCCCGAACAGCCCCCACAUCCACACAGGCUUUCCCGGGCUGCCAGGGAAGUACAUCUACUGCCCUGCCAAGGUGUUCUCCAUCUACAGACAGCAGGGGAUGGAAAAAGAGAUGAGCUGGAGGGAGUUCCAGGACUCUCCUUUCUAUGAAAAGGAGAAACAACGGUGGGGAAGUUCAUGAAAAAUGUAUUAUUCAAAACUGUUAAAUUGUAUUAAUAUUGUAUUAACAGUCAUAUUGUACCCUUGAGUGCCUUUAGCUGUAAAUGACCAGGCAAAUAAAUAUUCUUUAUUA